AACGUGAUGAAAAUAAUCCUGAUAUGUAUACUUUUACACCUAAUCGUAUUAAAGAUAAUAUGGGUAAAAAAGAUUCACGUUUUGCUUCAAGUGAUCAACAAGAUGCUCAAGAAUUUAUGACUUUUCUUCUUGAUAUUAUACAUCAAGAAUUAAAGACAAAAAAUAAAAAUGAUAGAAAUACAAUUAUAAAAAAACUUUUCUUCGGAGAAAUAACAUCAACUGUAACAUGUACGGCAUGUCAUAAAGAAGACUCAACAAUAAAUCCAAUUAGUAGUUUAUCUAUACCACUCAAUCGUCAAGAACGUCGUUUCUGGAUUACUUUUAUUACAAAACAAGGUAAAGAUGAACUUACUCUUGUAGAUGUACCUAUUGAUGGACAAGUUGGACAUCUCGUCGAAGCAUUCGCUCAAAAACAUAAUGAACCAUUACUCUUUUACUAUGUACUUGUCAUGUUACCUGAUGGAGAAGUCGACUUGAAUACACCACUUAGUCAAAUCACUGGUGAUGAAUUAAUAUUUAUGGAACAAGAAGAACGCUGUGAUAAUAUUCGACCUAAACCUUUAGAAAAACCGAAAACAGCAUCUACUCUUGACAAUUGUCUUGAAGAAUUUUUUUCAAAAGAAUAUCUCGAAGAUGAAUGGAGAUGUCAACAAGAAAAUUGUAAAAAAAAAGUAAUACCAAUGAAACAACUUAAACUUCGUACACUUCCAUCUAUUCUUAUUAUUCAAUUCAAACGAUUUUCACAUGAAAAUGGUCUACAUCAAAAAAUUGAAACAUUCGUUGAUUAUCCAUUAGAAGGACUUGAUUUAAAGAGAUUUCUACCAUCAUCAUCAUCAUCAUCAUCCGAUGACGCUAUUUAUGAUUUAAUUGCUGUGUGUAAUCAUAUGGGGUCAAUUUUUGGUGGUCAUUAUGUCGCGUAUGCUCAAGAUCUAUCCUCAAGUAAAAAUAAAUGGUUUAAAUUUGAUGAUUCAUCCGUAACAAGUGUAAAAUCAUCUGAGUAUGCAGAUGAAAUUAUCUCUAGAGAUGCUUAUCUUUUAUUUUAUAUUAGAAGAGAUAUUUUAUAUCCAAUAACAUCAUUAUAG